CCCCAAGUCCCGCUCCUUCCUCACCAACUCACAACACUCUCUCAUCAUCUCUCCCAGCUCCGGCCGGUCUCGAUCUCUAGCUUUUGGUGGUCAGAAUGCCGAUCAGCAGGGUUGCCGUGGGGAGCCACCAUGAGGUGUACCAGGCCGGCGCCCUCAAGGCGGCCGUCGCCGAGUUCAUCUCCACGCUCAUCUUCGUCUUCGCCGGCCAGGGCUCCGGCAUGGCCUUCAACAAGCUGAACGCGGGCGGUGCCGCGACGCCGGCGGGCCUGAUCUCGGCGGCGAUAGCGCACGCCUUCGCGCUCUUCGUGGCCGUCUCGGUCGGCGCCAACAUCUCCGGCGGGCACGUGAACCCGGCGGUGACCUUCGGCGCCUUCCUGGGCGGCAACAUCACGCUCUUCCGCGGCCUCCUCUACUGGGUCGCGCAGCUGCUGGGCUCGACCGCGGCGUGCUUCCUGCUCCGCUUCUCCACGGGCGGGCUCCCCACGGGCACCUUCGGCCUGACCGGAGUCUCCGUGUGGGAGGCGCUGGUGCUGGAGAUCGUCAUGACCUUCGGCCUCGUCUACACCGUGUACGCCACCGCCGUCGACCCCAAGAAGGGCAGCAUCGGCACCAUCGCGCCGCUCGCGAUUGGGUUCAUUGUGGGAGCCAACAUCCUUGUUGGUGGCGCGUUUGAUGGCGCUUCCAUGAACCCGGCUGUUUCCUUUGGCCCGGCGUUGGUUAGCUGGGAAUGGGGGUACCAGUGGGUGUACUGGGUUGGCCCCCUCAUCGGCGGUGGCCUUGCUGGGGUGAUUUACGAGGUGCUCUUCAUCUCCCACACCCAUGAGCAGCUCCCCACCACCGACUACUAAGCAGAUCGAUGCAAGCUGCUUCUGCUUCCGAGUUCGUUCGGCCGGCGUCAAUGCCCUCCGUUUCGUCGUCUCAUCGUUUAGUUUCGUGAACCCAUGUCCGACUGCUGCUGCUUCGCGGCCAGCGUCGUUUGCUUUGAAUUGAAUCCUUCCGUCGGUCGGUCGGUCGGUCAGUCUGUAUGUGCCCCCGUGCUGUAAAACCAUGCAUAAUCUCCGGGAACCCCGUUAAUUUGCUUAUGUGAAAACCGUGCAUCGAUCUGUCUCUUAAUGAGUUUCUUUUCCAGUGA